ACGGUCGAUAGUGGAGAGAAUUGUGAAUGGGGGGAGUAUUUUGGGUGUACAGUCAUAAGUCGGACUCCGAGGAGCCAGGAAGUAACUGUGAGCCAUGCAGCUCAUGCGACGGAUAAAGUAGAGCGAGCAAGCGUCUGAUGUCAGCAGUCGGAGCUCACACGCGCGAGAGAGAGGAACAACAGCCCACAGCAAAUUAGUGCCAAAUUUAUUGCGGCAGUGCUCAGAGACCCCACAGGAGGCGAAAGUCGAGGCACAUUUCAUAUUUACAAGGAAGCAAAUUUAACUCUUAACUCGUUGCAACACACUUCAUCAUAAGAAGAAAAAAGACGGAAGGAAAUAAGUGCGGGACUGGGGAGUUUCAAGUCAACGCUUCUCUGUUUGCAAGUUCAGACUAGUAAAAUAACAAAAUUGAUCACAUCGCAUUCAAGAUGCCUCGGGUGGUCCCGGAUCAGAGGAGCAAGUUCGAGAACGAGGAGUUCUUCAGGAAACUCAGCCGCGAGUGCGAGAUAAAGUACACGGGUUUCCGAGACCGGCCGCACGAGGAGAGACAAGCCCGCUUCCAGAACGCGUGCCGGGACGGCCGUUCGGAGAUAGCUUUUGUGGCGACCGGCACCAACCUCUCGCUGCAGUUCUUCCCAGCCAACCUUCAUGGCGAUCAACGGCAGACGCCCACCCGAGAAUAUGUGGACUUCGAGCGGGAGACAGGAAAGGUGUACCUGAAGGCUCCUAUGAUCCUGAAUGGAGUAUGUGUGAUCUGGAGAGGCUGGAUUGAUCUUCACCGUCUGGAUGGGAUGGGCUGUCUGGAGUAUGAUGAUGAGAGGGCACAGCAGGAGGACGCUCUUGCCCAGGCAGCUUUUGAGGAAGCGCGCAGAAGGACCCGGGAUUUUGAGGACAGGGAUCGCUCACACCGCGAGGACUUGGAGAUGCCGAUGGCACAGCUCAGUCAUUUAAUAACUCAGGAGGACCCUGUGGCAUCAAAAAUCUGGGACUGAUGGCCUUCAAGGACCAGGCCCAGGAGACAGCAGGACCCCAACAUGGGCAACACUGACGAUCACAAGAUGCGCUAGCGGCAUUCAUCAAUGUGGGCAGGGAUAGGGUCAUAAGACCUCCAUCACCACGGCACUCAUCUCCAGAUGCCUCGCUUAUCACAGGACACAUCAAAGUCCACACUAGUGGGGAUUUUCGGGUGGGAUGUUUGGGAGGGGGGUAACGGUUUUACCUCUUUUAGCCUGGUGAAGGGGCUGGGUGGGUUGGGCUGGGCUUGGGCUGGUAUUGAUGUCAGUCAGAGAUUCAUUUGCAUUUAAUUCAGUCCCUCGUUUCUUCUUGGGAAUUUUGCACUAUGUGAUACAUUCAGUUCAAGUCUCCUUUCGGUAUGCAUGGUUUUCCUACCUAUGUUAGCUAUUGUUCCCCCUAUGCAAGGCAUCUUAUUUUAUUUUUUAGCCCUGUUGUAAUUAAAUGGCAUUUUUAUUGUUUUAUUCAUAUUGUGUGUGAAAGUCAGGAUGUUUACUUUUCAUAUUUCAAUUUGUUCUUUAUAUAGGCUUGUCCGUCUUUGUGCUUUGUAGGAAACUAGUAAAUGUUGUUAGCUAGAUUUGUGCAGUAUAGUAGAAUUAGUUUUUUAUCUAGAAGGACGGCGCUGAUGUUGUGGAUAAAGAGGUCUUUUUCUUCUACAAUCCUCCAUGUUCUGUGUCUUCCACACCGUUUCUGUAACAAUCAGUUGAAACAUGCUUUGAACAUAAACCAAGCAGCAGGAAGUGAAUAUCGAGGUCAGUGUUACUCUGAGCGUGCUCUAAAAAAGGUGGAGAUUUGUUUUUAUCGUCAGUUUUUAAACUGCACUGCUCUGCUUUUUUUCCAUUUAUGUUUAAUGGUUCACAAUUUUAAUGCCUUGACAGAAAUUCAGACGGACUUUUGAGUUUUUCCUGCAUAUUUUAAUUUGAUUUGAAAAUCAGUUUUCAGUGAUUGCAGUGAACCUGAAUUAAUGUCUUAAAACUGAUUUUUUUGCAUUACACAAUUUUUUUGAUUGAUAAAAAGUAAAGAAGGUAUAACAUAAAAUCAGGUUAAUGUAUGACUCGAAGAAAUUAGUAUCAUGGAAAUGAUGGCUAUUAAUGCUCUUGUUUUAUGUAUGUUAAGUGCAUAUCUCGUUAAGAUGAUCACGUACAGGUUUAGGGGAUGUAGAGUCUGUCUUCAGGAGAAUUUUUGAUAGUGAGGCGAUACAGGAUGUUAUUUGUUAAAGAUUACUGAUUAGCAUAAGGUUUGAGUGGAAAAAGAAAGGAUAGCGUAUGGGUCAGUGUACAUUGUAGCUCAGAAAUGGGCUAUAACUAUGAUCACAAAAGGCUUGCUUUUCAUAAAUUAGUAAUCUCUGAUGGUUUUUGUGAGUUUACAAGAUUUUGCAUACUUGCAUUAACAUAAAGUUUAUUUACCACAGUCAAUAAGAACAUUUAAGGCCUGAGGUUUUUUUCUGAUGCUGCGUUUAGAAGGUAUGGCCUACCUCUAGCUUAACACCAAAUAUACCCUAAAGAGAGUUAUUUAUAAAGAACAAGUUCACAUUGUCUGAGUGGUGAGGAAAAGCUAAUCUUGUUUUAGCAGAAUGUCAAAGCUUUAUAUAGUCAGACAAGGCAUUUAGGCAGCAAUGAAUGCUCAGAGAUUGAGUACCAGGUCUGAAUAUAUUUUGUAGAUGCCAGAGACAGAGAAUCUAAACAAACCGGAAUCAACAAAACAGUCCUGCUUUCAUUAUUCUGUAUAGGUGUGUCUUAUGCUGUUUAUCAAAGAAAUACCCUUUGCUGGCCCCCCAUUAGAUUUUUUUUACCCCUUUACUUAAUGCAGGCAUUAAGGCAAAUACACAACAGGUAGUGAAUGGCUUUUUUAAAUGAAUGAAUAAAUAAAAUGUUUAUUUUCUUAA